CUCGCUUUGGGGCCUUGUUUACUUCCUUUGGCUCCUCGUCCGCCUGGCAGUCUGCUGUUUCCUAAGCUGGUUUUCUGGUCUAAUUUUCGAUUCAUUCAAAUUGGCCUCAUUGGAUGGUAAUCUUGCCGCCUCAUUACCACCAUAGCUCGGACACCUUGAGGGCGCUCCUCCAUCCGCAAACCAGCCUACCACGUGUCAGAAUCAAUCCCUUACCACGACCUUCUUUCGUCGACGCCGCAAACUAUCCCUGUCCAGCAUGACAUCUUCCAAGUCUAUCGACUCAUCGCUUCCUUCACGCAGGGGAAUUCGGACAGUACCUCUACCCCCAUUUCCACUAACGCCAACACAACCACCGCCUGCGGCCCCUCGUCUACCAACAAUAUCGCGCCUAUGUAUCAACAACAUACUCUUGAUAACGUGGGACCGACGUUUCGUCAACCCUUGGACCACUAGCCACUCGCAUUUUCUCCGCCAACUCUACUUUGCACCGUUCGAGCCAAAGGUCCCAGGACCACUUACCAAGGAGGAGACUGAUUAUGUGGAUUUCUUUGCUAAGUGGUGGCGUGAAUCAUUGCCUUGGCCAGAGAUGCGUGAUCCAUAUCGUGUCUUCCCGCACCCAUUCGAUGUCGAGUCGGAACAGUCGCGGUGGCGUGAGCGGGUUGAAGAAACUGCUCGUCGCCAGAAGAGGAGGAUAGCAUUCAAGACGGGCGAGUUGGAAGACUUUGGCAAGAGGGUGUUUAUGGGGAGAAAGAAGUUUCGCUCUCGUUAAACUGCUCUGUACUGUAUUGCUUCUCAUAAUUCCCUUUCUGGCUUUGUAGGCGGCUUUUCUCUUUCAGCGGCAUGGCAUGGACGGAGUCAUUGUUUUGUACUAGGCUAGGCGCGUGAAUUUCCAAUCUCAGCUCUUUCCAACACUGGUAUCUGACGUCGUCUGAGGUGGCUUCGUGAGUUUACCGGCCGCCCAAAAUGAUCAACUUACAUCCCGGUCAGGAUCUUGGAAGCGUGUUGAGGGACCUCAGACAGCGGUAGACAUUUGUACUCUAACUCUUGUCGCAGUACUGCGAGAUUCUUUUUCAGGUUUCAUCUAUCGCGUACGGCGCAUCU